AUGGAGAGGAAGAACUUAGAAAACGCACCGGUUCGGUGGCUACCAAGACGCUUUCUUAAUGCCAUUGAGCAUGCCUUUAGAGGCCAGAGUACGAAAGACGAUACGGGACAUACGGAAGGUCUCGUAGACGGCGCGUGCGCGGCCGGAGAAGAUGCAGCGGUUCCUGACGCGCGUGAAGGAGCUGUUUCGGGGCAGCUUGGAGAGCUUGAAGCGGUUCUCCUCGCGCAGGUCGCUGGGAAGGCUUGGGUCCUUGCAGAGGGCCUUGUACAGAUUUCGUCUCAGCUCGUAUUUCGCCGCCAGCAACCGGCGAUGGUUGUCUCUGAUAUUGGCAUUUUCCUCAGAAACUGA